AUCAAAGAGAUCAGAGAGAGGCAAACAUGGCUCCCCAUACAUCCUCCAUGAAACUUCACGCCGUCUGUAUGCCCUUCCCAGCUCAGAGCCACAUCGGUGCGAUGCUCAAUCUCACGAAGCUCCUUCACCACCGGGGCCUCUGCAUCACCUUCGUCAAUACAGAGUUCAACCACAGACGCCUGUUCGAAGCUGGAGGCCCGAGUUUUCUGGACGAUCUCCCAACCGGAUUCCAGUUUGUGGCGAUACCUGACGGGCUUCCACCAUCACAGACCAAUGCCACCCAGAAUCUUGCUUCCCUGUGCGAGUCAGCUUGGCACCUCAUGGGAGCUUCAUUCUGCGCGCUCAUCGGAGAUCUAAACGAGAGAGCAGAUUCUGUUUUGGGCUUCCCACCAGUCUCCUGCAUCGUGGCGGACGGUACCAUGACAUUCUCCGUCGAUACCGCGAGUGAGAAGUACGGGAUCCCCGUCGUGAACUUGUACACUAUUCCGGCCUCUGCCACGAUUGCAGGCUGGUAUUUUCCUAAGCUCAAGGAGAAAGGUUUGAUGCCACCAAAUGACUGUUUAGACACAACAAUUGAUUGGAUCCCGGGCAUGAAGAACAUGAGAGUACGUGACAUGCCAACUUUGGGUGGAACCAUGGAUCCAAACGAUGUCAUAUUAAAUUUCUGUGCUGAAGUACUACCAAGAUUUGGUAGUACUUCAGCACAGAAUCGGCUGUGGCAAUCAACCGGUUGAGGAGGGGAAGGCUCGAUCUAAAGCGCCCUGCCAUUGCCAUGUCCUUCAGCUGCAAAAACUGACAACAAACCCUAAUUUGACUGAGCUCGUUCACUUCUGAAGAGAGCGGAGGAGGAGAUGAGAGAAGAGAAGCGACGAUGACUAGUAUGACAAGAAGAUGGGUGAACGGGGCGACCCGUUUUCUAUGUACGGGGUAACCCAGACCCGGUUUUCAGGAAAGAAACUUCCUUCGUUUGCAUUAGUCCUCCAACGUUGUAUUAUUCAGUUUCGCCAUCCUAAAUGUCUAUUUGGAUUCAAAAUCAUCCUCGGCAUCGGGUAAAAAAUAUAUCCACCUCUAGCCCUCAUGUUGAGUUAACUAGGAAAUCCGUCCCUGACUUAGUCGAGUUACAUCAAGUCCACCAUUGAGAAGAAUUUUAUAUCAUUUUGGUCCUUUGUAAUAUCAAUUUGGUCCUUUAAAACA